CUCUCUUUUAGUUGUUGUUGUGAACACCGCUACAGUCCGUGUGUGCUGUGGUCGUCGUUUUGCAGCUGGUUUGUACGUCGCCUGGAGAUCUUUUUCGGUUGUUUUGGCGAAGGAAUUGCCAAGUAUCCUCUUUUUGUUAUCCCAGUAUGCCUCGUUUUCGUCAGUAUUUGUUCCGUGGGAUUUGUUUGGCUGAACGUGGAAAUUAGAACGGUGAAACUGUUUAUUCCUCAAGACAGCCAGGCUGUGAAAGACUUGGACCUAGCCGAGGAGUAUUUUAGACUAAAGGUUCGCGAGGAAAUCGUACUUUUAGUGAGCGCACCUGAUUCGCGAAAUGUUCUCAAUAGAGAUUGCCUAAAACAGGCUCUACAGGCCCAUGAGGAAAUUGUGAAGUUAACAUCGUAUUCAAAACUUUGCGCAACCUUGUCUGGCGAUGUGGCUGAAUCGGCAGAAGAAUGCAUGAUGAUAAACCCCUUAGAGGUGUUUCAGUUCAAUGAAAGUGAACUGAACGUUUCAGACUCACAAAUUCAAGCUAACAUAACGAAUCCUAACCUUACUGUCAUGCGCAAUGGCCGUCCUUAUCAGUACAACUUCGGUCGGAUGUUUGGUGACGUCACUAAAGAAAGUGGCAACGUCACUGGUGCAAAGGCUCUGCAGAUGGUUUACUUUCUUCGCGAUCCGAGCAAGGAAGAGGCGAACACAGAAGUUCUUGAAUGGGAGAAAACGUUUAUUGAUAAAAUGACCUCAUUAGCGGAUACUCUAUCGUGCUUUAAAGUUUAUUAUUCGAGCGAGCGGAGUCUGGAUGAUGCCAUUUCUGAGAGUUCCGGUUCUGACAUCACUCUUGUGUCAAUCACGUUCACGCUCAUGAUAACGUUUGCUUGUGUCAUGCUGGGAAAAUUCUUAAAUCCGCUGACCGGUCAUUCUCUGCUCGCCAACGCAGGUGUUUUCGCUGUGGCUCUCGGGAUACUAGCUGGAUUUGGCUUAGCUAUGUGGUGCCGAGUGCCCUUCGUGAGUAUGGUCGGAGUACUUCCGUUCUUGAUCCUCGGUAUCGGAAUCGACGAUAUGUUCAUACUGGUGGACGAACUCGAUCGGCAGCAGAAAUCUCUUACAGUUAUUGAGACGGUUAAAGAGGUCAUGGCCCGAUCUGGUGCUACUAUUACCAUGACAACGGUGACAGAUUUGGUAGCAUUUGCAGUCAGUACUUCUACUUCCUUUCCGGCGAUUAGGUAAGAUGAGUAAGAAGUAGAUGUGCUUUAAGUCUUUUCAUGAUGGAGUGCUUUUAGAAUCAAAACAGCCAAUCAGAAGAAAGCAAAAUACCUUAAAUACCUAAUUAGGACUGAAAGUAAAACAAGCAAACUGCCUGAAGCGCAGGAAAAUGGAAGCGACCAAAUGGUGAUUGGUUUUUCAUCUGAUUGGUUUAAAGAGUGGUGCGAGUUUCUAGAGCAAUCACAGAACAAAAUAAAACAAAAACAAAGCAAUCCCAGAUUUUUUGACACCCAGUUGAAGACAUCAGCCAUUAUGCUAUCUGAAAUUUUCCAAUCUUAUUCUGAAUUUCGGCCUGAAAAGUUUCUUUUUAUUUUUGCGAUCUCUAAAUGCUUAGGAAGACCAGAGAAGCAAUUAAUAGGCAUUGUCGUCCAUCAAGUAGAUCUUGUUUCUCAAAUAACACAUCAAAACAUAAUUAACGCAAUUGCUGACCUCCUAAAAAAGGGCAACAAGUAAAUAUCCUCGUUACAGUAGCAUAAGGGAACACGUUUGAAAAAAAAUGCGAAGACCAAUGAGAAUAUUUGUGGUGAUGUGUUGCCUGUUCUCGUUGAUCAACAGGUACUUCUGCGUGUACGCGGCACUAACGGUAACUUUCUCUUACUUGAUGAUUGUCACGUAUUUUGUCGCCAUUAUGUCAUAUGAUGUCAGGAGAAUCAAAGCAGGUCGCCGCGACUGUUUACCAUUCUGCCGGGCACCUCCGCCAAAAGAGAACGAGCCAGCGUGGGACGAGCCUCGUCCCCAGGUUUCAAACAAGUUGAUGAACGCUUGGGCAAAGUUUUUGACCCAUCCGGCGACUAAAGUUGUGGUGAUCAUCUUUUCGCUUGCGUCUCUCGCUGCUGGAAUAUACGGAACCACAGUGAUAGAUGAAAACUUUGACAGACGGAUCUUAGCCAAAGAUGAUUCAUACCUGAAGAAGUUUCUGAGUGCACAGGAACAGUACUUCAAAUCAACUAUUCCUGUCAGCGUUGUUGUAACAGGCGAUGUUGAUUAUGGAGAAAGUUCAGUCCAGGAUGACCUAAAGAACUUGGCAAACAUUGUCACCUCUAAUAAAUAUUACGAGAACACCAAUUUGUCCUGGAUCGAUACCUUUUCCAAAUACGCUCAAGCUUACAAGAAGAACAUCGAGGGGUCGAAUUUUACACGAGAGUUAAAGAAAUUCCUUAACAUUGGACAAUUUUCUUACUUUAAACAAGAUUUGAAUUUUUCUGAUGAUAACACGAUUAAAGCGUCGCGCAUUAUAGGUGUCAUGAAGGACACAACUAGUUCAACAGAUCAAAAGAAUGCUAUGCUAACCCUUCGCCAAGAUCUCUCGGACAAAUCAAAGCUGGAUACUUUCCCAAUCGCCCGACCCUUUAUCUUCUUCGAACAAUACGUUAAAAUCUCAAGGGAGACCUUGACGAAUCUUUUGAUCGCGGCCUUAGCUGUUUUAAUUGUCACGAGCCCCUUCUUGUUGGACUGCACUGUGACUAUCCUUGUGGUGUUCAAUUUUGUGGCACUGGUCCUUGAGCUGUUCGGUUUGAUGGUCCUCUGGGAUGUUUCCUUGAAUUCUGUUUCGAUGAUCAAUCUUGUUAUGGCUAUUGGUUUCGCAGUGGAUUACAGCGCCCACAUAGCGCAUGCGUAUGUUAUGUCCGACAAGGAAACAGCCAAUGAACGUGUCGUGGACGCUUUGAGCACACUGGGUGCAAGUGUAUUCAUGGGAGGUCAGUCUGGUUCGAUACUUACUGUGCUAUCUCUUUAAAACUUGAUAGCACGCUUUUCGAUUGAGUUUCUCAUGGCCAAAACAAACAUAAUCACAGCGGCCGAUUCCGAAAUCAAGUUCACAUGAAAAGGAAUCAAUUAGAACUCUAAGUUAGUACAAGUAACUGACCUCAAGCGCGUGAAGAUUGCGACUGGUUUUUGGUUGUAUUUGAUAUGACAGUUAGGCGGUGUAAGUUAUCAAAUUCAAGCACGGCGAGAUAAGUAGCACAAUACAACGACAAUUCCAGAUUAAUCUCGAAUCUUUAAUUGCUCUCUUUAGUUUAAAGCUCACUAACAAAACAUAGAAUUCGUUUUACACGGUUUGUCUCAGUCACAUUAUGAAGGAAAGUAACUCCAUGUAUGCACAAAAAAAUUGCUCUCUUUAGUAUAGAGUUCAGUAACAUAACAUAGGAUACGUUUAGCAAGGGUUUUCUUAGUCAUGAUAUGAAGGAAAGUAACUUUAUCUAUGCACAGAGAUACCAUUAUUCCAACGCACAAAGUAAUUCUAAUGAAGACAGAAAUUUUAAUACUUUCUCUACUUGCGAUAAUUUGCAGACAAUUUUUUCACUCUCAAGAUUAGAUUCAUCAGUCCAAAAGUUGAGUUUAAUCUUUCACUAUUUGGGCUAUAUAAAUGCUCCAAAUUAUCAGAGAAUAUGAAGCUAAGUUUAGAAGAUCAAUAGCGAAAUUGUAUUGCGCCGACAUUUCAUAACUCGCUUAAUCAUCUGUUUCUCUGUUAAAUUAAAUAUAAGCCCUCAAGGGUUUAGAGGAAAACAACAAAAGUGUUUCUUAUAAAUACUUUUUUUUCCCCCGUAGGUUUCAGCACUUUCCUUGGUAUGAUAGUCCUGGCGUUUGCGGCGUCGGAAAUUUUCCGAAUAUUCUUUCGGAUGUUCCUUGGGAUCGUCUUGUUCGGUCUUCUCCACGGUUUGUGCAUUCUUCCUGUCUAUCUGUCUCUCUUCUGUUGGAGGCCAGCUGUUACCAGGCCACUCGGGACGCGUGUGAGCGUGGAGAGCUUACCGGAGGGCGUCGCCCCUGAAAACGAGGCUGUUGACGGGGAGAGCUGCGGCAAAGGGGUGGCGGAAGGACCUAACAGAAGUGCGUCUUCCAACGAAGGUUUCGAGCUCACCGAGCAAGAAAAGGUACUGGAUGGCAAGGUUGACGAGCAACAACCGCUCAAAGCAAACGACGAAAGUGGGAAAGAGGGAACAGGUGAAGCAGGGAAGCAUGGCAGCGAAAGUACAGAGACUGGAGAGUCGUCAGCGCAUGUGCAAGUAGAGAGGGAUCCAAGUGCAGAGCAAGAUCCCGUUAUAGAGGUGCAGGAGAGCAAGAAAGACACAUCUGAGACAUUUUUGAGCGAGGAAACCAUGUCUGAGGCUGUUGACGGGGAGAGCUGCAGAAAAGGGGUGGCGGAAGGACCUAACAGAAGCAGAGAUUUGGGAAGUGCGUCUUCCAACGAAGGUUUCGAGCUCACCGAGCAAGAAAAGGUACUGGAUGGCAAGGUUGACGAGCAACAACCGCUCAAAGCAAACGACGAAAGU